UAGGGACAAUUGAUGUUGUAGAUAAAGUAGAUAAUUUGAUUACAUUUCUCUCUUUGUUUUUUCCACAACAAUUUGUACUCCUUUGAAUACUUGUCAAACGCACACACAUUAAUGUGAAAUCAAGAACUGAAGACCGAAACAAAAGUACAUGUCGAGAACUCGUCCAACUUUCAACGUGGAAAAAGCUGCAAAUGUUUGAGGAACAUUAGAGAGAUAGAUAUAGAGAGAGAGGGUGUGUUUUUUUUCCUGUUUCUUCUUUCCUCAGAUCGUGUAGCAGCUCCGUAGAAUCUUCUUUUGAAAGUUGAAACUUCUUCAACCCCUUUUCGGCACGAAAUUUUUUGCAUACAAGUGCAUACAUACAGAAAAUAUACAUCAAACAAAUGUUUCUGGGCUUUUCCAAUACUUUCUGAAACUUUUGAAAAAUAAUGUACGAAUCUGGAAAAGUUCGUUUAGUUCGUUGCCCAAAGUGUCUGAAUAUCCUUCCAGAAGUCACCGAUUAUUCUUUUUACCAGUGUGGAGGUUGUGGUGCUGCGCUGCGAGCUGUUGACUUUACAGCCCAGAAUAAACGUGUUGACUUGGACAAAUUAUCAGAGAAGUCUGAAGAAGAAAUGGUUGGUGGUAUUUUAGAGAAAUUUUCAGGAAAAUGUGAGCAAGUAAAUAUUGCAGAGAAGAGAAUAAUGGAUUCGAGCGAUGGUUCUGAGAGUGAUUUGAGGUCAAAUAUUAGUUCUUCAAGCAGAGGUGAGAGGAGGACAGACAAUUAUGGUACCAGUCUGAUGGAUAAAGGCAAAAAGGGGGCUGUUGAUUCACCAGUAGUCGAAAAACCAGACAAUUUACGUAUUGCAGAAGAUUUUGAGGAUUUGACGAUGUAUAAUGAAGAUAAAAAUGGGUUGCAAAGGUCAGAGCAUAUGAUGGAUAGGAGAUAUGGCGACAGAAGUCGGAUGGAGAGGUUCUUGAGGGGUCGAAGAAUGGAUGUUGAAGGUACGAGAUAUGCGGCUUCAUUGUACUCAGACGAAGGUUCUUUUAACAGGUUGAGGUCCAACUAUGCUUAUGAAGGUCAAUUGAAGAAUAAGAAUGAAGCGGAUGAGUUUAAUGAGGUUGAUGGUGUUGGAGAAGAUCAGGCUGUGCUUUUGAGGAAGAUGGACGAGUUGAAGGAUCGGGUCAGCCAGUCUGCUGAAGAUCUUGAUCGAGGGGCACUACGUCGGGGUUCUUAUGUUGAUUCUGAGAAUUGGCAUCCUGAUAGCUCUUUGGGAAUGGAGAUGUAUAGUGAGGAUGAAAGUCGGUUGCAAAAGUCAGAUGGUAUGAUGGAUCGGAGAAAUGGGGAGAGAAGUCGGAUGGAGGGGUUUCGAAGGUAUCGGAGAAUGGAUGUAGAAGAUAUGAGAUUCGCAUCUUCUACGAACUCAGAAGAUGGUCCUUCAGAUAACAAGUCGAGUUUCAAUUAUGAUCAUGAAGAUCGGGGGAGAAAUAAGAACGGCAUUGAUAGGUUUAACAGGGUCGGUUAUGUUCGAGAAGAUCGAACCCAUCUUUUGAGGAAAUUGGAUGGGUUGAACGAUCAUUUUAGCGGGUCUGAUGAAAUGGUUGACAAGGCUAAAGAAAAGGUUUCCCUUGAUCGCAGGACAAUUCGUCAGGUACCUUAUGCUGGUGUUGAGAAUUGGUAUUCUGAUAGAUCUUUGGGGAUGGAGAUAUAUAAUGAAGAUAAAAGUGGAUCACAAGGGUCAGAGCGUAUGAUGGAUCCGAGAAAUGGGGAGAGAAGUCGGCUGAAGGAGUGUUGGAGGGAUCGGAGAAUGGAUGUUGAAGGUAUGAGAAAUGCAGAAUCAAUAUACUCAUCGGAGGGAUCAUCAGGUAACCAUUCGAGGUCAAAUUAUGAUUAUGAAGGUCAAAUGGAGAAUGACGUGUAUGGGUUUAACAAGUUUGGAGAAGAUCGAGAUGAGCUUUUGAGGACAUUGGACGAGUUGAAAAAUCAGCUAAGUCAGUCCGGUGGAAUGGUUCCUCUUGAUAGAAGGACAAUUCAUCAGGAUCCUUAUGUUGGUUCCGAGAAACGGUAUUCUGAUAGUUCUUCUGAAAUGCAAUCCUCGCAUCCUGAUAAACAGUUUGGAAGACCACCUAGAAAUCACUAUGCCGAGCCAUCUGUGCAUAGGCAAGAAAAGGGUGGGCAUAGCUUUUAUCCUCCGAGAUACGCUCCAAUUGUGAUUCCGAUAGGGUCUCAAAUGCUCGGCAGAGAUCCAAGUCAACGUCCUGCUCCAUUUCGACGACCUCCAUCUCAUGCCUAUUUUUCUGGGGAGUACAUGGAUCGAGUGGAAACUUACCCUCUUAAUGUUAGUCAUCACCAUCCAUCUUGUUCUUGUUUCCAUUGCCACAACAAAAGACAAGUCUCUCUUCCUGUCCCACCAACUGCCUUCAGCAAUAAACAGUUAUCCAAUUUACCGGACAAUAGGGUGUUUAAUAAUUAUAAACCUUCGAGUUCAUUUGGUCCCAGAGAAUACGAUCCUAGGGCUGCCAUUCCUCCUCCCUUAAAAUCUCAGAAUCCUCAAUCUCAAACAAGGUUGCCUAGUGAUCAGAACUCUGAAGUCAAUGAUUUAAUUCAUUCCCGUCCUCCCAGAUUGCGUACAGUGAGCAGUGGUCGAAUUUGCCGCCCAAUAGCAGGGGGUGCUCCAUUCGUGACAUGCCACAACUGUUUUGAGUUGCUGCAAUUGCCCAAGAAAGUAAUGUCUGAAGAUAGAAACAAGAACAGAAUUAGAUGUGGGGAAUGUUCUACAAUAAUCGCUUUUGCAGUUUCCAACAAGAAACUAGUUGUUUUCAUUAAUGUAGAAGAGGAGAAUACUCUUGCAGAGGUUGAUGAUAGCCAUGAUGUCUCUAAACCAGGAAAUUCAUAUGUCCAUGGACAUCUGAACCAAGCUAGCACAACCUUUUCAUCCUAUGACUAUGAUAAUCCUGGUUAUGAUUUCCAGUCGAUGGAUAGAGAACCAAGCUCCUCGUCAACGUGCCAAGCAAGCUCAAGCAAUUUUGCAGAGGUGAAGAUCCCUCACACUACUUCUCGUAGUACUUCUGCGGCAGAGGAAGAUGAAAAUAUAAUUGCCAUAAGAAAAGAUCCCGAUUCGGCUGAGCUAGCCUCAAAGAGAAACGGGCCUCUACCUCCCGAUGGAUCCACAAUUCAAGAUGAAGUGAUACCAAUCAAGAGUACUGCAGAGCAGAAUUCUAUGAAUAGUACAUCAGCGGCUACUGAGAUUGAUAUUCUGACCAACGAGUACUCUAAUACGGGAACAUCUCUAGAGUCAGGUGAAGGAAGUAGAGAAGGAGAUCGACUAAGAAGCAAUAGAGCAGCCGAGUCAUACUAUGCUGGCAUUAUGAGAAAGAAUUCUAGGUACUUAAUCGAAUCCAACCAACCGCUCGAGCAUGAAGAAGCCAAUGUUACUGUUAAUGGGCAUCUUAUACCAGAUCGAUUGAUUAAAAAGGCUGAAAAGCUGGCCGGACCGAUCCAUCCUGGACACUAUUGGUAUGAUUACAGAGCUGGAUUUUGGGGUGCAAUGGGAGGUUCUUGUCUUGGCAUAAUUCCUCCAUUUAUUGAGGAAUUCAACCAUCCCAUGCCGGAAAAUUGUUCUGGUGGAAACACAAGUGUUUUUGUGAAUGGUAGAGAACUUCAUCGAAAAGAUUUGAAUUUACUCGGGAAUAGAGGGCUCCCGAUAGAUAGAGAUAGAUCUUACAUCAUUGAGAUAUCUGGUCGAAUCCUAGACGAGGACACUGGUGAAGAGCUAGAAAGCCUGGGCAAACUUGCUCCAACUGUGGAGAAGGCGAGGCGUGGAUUUGGCAUGAGGGCUCCGAAAGUGGCCGCUUGAUAUGGGUUUUUUCAAGACUUGUAUUGCACCUCUAUUCAAGAUUCACAAAUUCACCUGUUCAAAGAAUUUAUACGAGGAUCUCUGUCUGAAUAGUUCGCUAUGGUAAGAAAAAUGCAGGAAUCAUGAUUUGUACACUGAUUGAUAUGUAAUUAUGUAAGAUUUGUUGUACUGAGCACUUUCUUAAUGUGAAGAAAAGUUCGAUA